AUGCGCCUUCUUCAAAAUCUGGCCGCGGGUGUUGCAGCAUGCUUAUUGCUAUCGCUCGCGAGCACCGUCGAUGGACACUCUCAAUCCAGGAAUCCGUUAAACUACCUAUCAUUAAUUGAAAACCCUUGGAUACAAACGCCGUCACAAAGGGUACACUGUACAUCCACUUUCGACUUGACUUUCGAUCUCCAUCACAACACCCAGCAUGUUCGACUGAACCUGGAACCCAACCAAGACAUCAUCCAUGAAGAUUCAUACAUUGAAUUUGUUGACAAGUAUGGCAAUGUCAGACAUGUCGAAAAGAUGCAGCGGGAGGAACACAAGAUCUACCAGGGAAAGGCAUUUCUUGUCGAUGACGACGGAGUAAAUCGACAUGUGGGAUGGGCUCGAAUUGCUGUAAGGCGGGAUGGAAUCAAACCUCUCUUUGAGGGCGCUUUCACCGUCAUGGGCAAUCACCACAAUGUUCAAUUGAAGUCCAACUAUAUGGCUACCCGACACGAACUCGAUCCCGUACUGGAAGAAGAUGAUGAUGAGUAUAUGGCUGUCUGGCGUGACUCGGACGUCAGCCGCCAGUCUCAUACGGAGCUCAAACGAAGCGUGGAUCUGACAUGCGCCUCUGACAAGUUGGAGUUCAACACCCAUCCCGAUCAUCCCAUCUAUCGUGACUUGAUGCUUAAACGUGAUGACGGCUUCUGGGGAGACAUGGGCGCCAUGUCCAUUUCCAAUAUGUUCGAAAAGCGACAGAGUAAUAUUGAUGGCGGCGGAGUGGGCUCAGGCAAUUCAGCUGGUGUUAAUCUGGCAUCCACCAUUGGCAGCACCGCUGGUUGCCCAACCACUCGCAAAGUGGCCUUGGUCGGCGUCGCUUCCGACUGUACGUAUACCGCGAGUUUCAACUCAACCGAUAGCUUGCGACAAUAUAUCAUCAGCCUGGUCAAUACUGCUUCUGAGCUAUACCAAUCAACUUUCAACAUCACCCUCGGCCUCCGCAACCUGACCGUUUCCGAUGGCGAAUGUCCAGGGACGGCAAGCACUCAGACGCCGUGGAACGUAGGUUGCUCAAGCAGCACCGAUAUAACACAACGGCUCAACCUGUUCUCGUCAUGGCGUGGCCAGCGAGGGGAUGACAACGCUUACUGGUCUCUCUUCACCACUUGCAACACUGGAGCUGAAGUCGGCCUGGCGUGGCUUGGACAGUUGUGCAACCACGGCUCUACUUCACAGACAGACACUAGCGGCAACUCUCAAAGCGUCACCGGCGCAAACGUUAUCGCGAAGACCUCGACUGAGUGGCAAGUAUUUGCGCACGAGAGUGGUCAUACUUUCGGAGCUGUCCACGACUGCGAUUCCAGCACUUGUGCCGACUCCAACAUUGUCAAUUCUGGCCAGUGUUGCCCGCUCUCCUCCACCACGUGCGAUGCAAAUGCUCAAUACAUGAUGAAUCCUUACUCUUCGUCAGACAUCACCAAAUUCUCGCCCUGCUCAGUCGGAAACAUUUGCAGCGCGCUGGGCCGCAACUCUGUUCAGUCGCAAUGCCUUACUGAUAAUAAAGGCGUCGUCACGAUUAGCGGUAACCAGUGCGGCAAUGGAAUUGUCGAGGAGGGCGAAGACUGUGAUUGUGGCGGCACUGAAUCUUGUGCCGGGAACAGCUGCUGCAACCCCACAACUUGCAAGUUCAAUACAGGCGCUGUCUGUGACCCCAGCAACGAAGGUUGUUGUACGUCGACUUGCCAGUUUGCUUCGACGGGGACCGUCUGUCGUGCUAGCACAGGGCAAUGUGAUCCUGCUGAAACAUGCUCUGGCACUAAUGGAACAUGCCCGGCAGACACCACGGCGCCCGACGGAUCCGACUGUGGCAAUGGCCUCAAGUGUGCUAGUGGCCAAUGCACGAGUCGAGACCUUCAGUGCAAAACUCUAAUGGGCAGCUAUACGAGCGACAAUGACACUUAUGCAUGCAACAGUCAAACCUGUACUCUGAGCUGUGCCAGUCCAGACUUUGGACCCAACGUCUGUUACAGCAUGCAACAAAACUUCCUGGAUGGUACUCCGUGUGGCGGCGGGGGGCGAUGCGAGAAUGGUGUGUGCAAAGGGAGCACCAUCGGAGGCGAAGUCAAGUCAUGGAUCGACGAUAACAAAACUCUGGUCAUUGCUCUCGCCAGUGCGCUUGGAGGCCUCCUGCUGCUUGCUAUUCUCGGAUGCUGCAUCAGGGCAUGUCGACGGCCGCGAGGCCAGAAAUUGGAUGGUAUUGUUCCCGGGCAACGUCGGCACAGACGUGGAGUCCAGCCAGCUCAGCGUGGAGGUUGGGAUGGACCUCAAAUUCCUCCACAGAUGAGAGAUCGUGGAUAUGGUGGUGGAUGGGAACCAUCGCCUGUACAAAUGACCUCCCCGCAGGGCUGGUAUCCUCCUCAGCCACCGCCUGCUUACGGCGGGUGGGAUGGCUAUCCCCAGCGAGGACAAAGUGCUCGGUACGCAUAA